UUGGAGGCAGCAGUGCGAGAGGUGCCGGGCCGAAGCCGUGGUGCGGCGUGCGGGCUGGUGCUUGGUGGUGACGGGCCGCGUUAUGACGGCCAGGUGGGGUCAGUGAAUUGGUGCAGUGUUCCUCGAGUUGGCCACUGGAUAAUAUGACCGGAGCUUGGCUCAGCAUUGCCAGCGGCGCAGGCGAGCGAUGGCCGGCGAGCCGACCGUGACCAUGACCGGUGACCGGAGCCGCAGGCCACUGUCAUGCUGAAGACGAGUGACCCGCUCUGCCCGCUGGGCUUCUACCCGCAAGUGCGCUGGCCCACGCGGUGCAAGCGCUGCUACAGGGAAUACAGUGAACACAAAGUAAAAAAAUCGGCGACUUCAAGUCUACGUAAGGACAGAGUUACUGGUUCUUCACCAAGCCUAACGACCGCCAAGGUCUUGGGAUCUGGUCCUGUGUCCGACUUUGAUUACGAAACGAGACUGAAAAACUUCUUGGCGCGGAGGGAGGAAGCUGACGCCAGCAAGAAUGACGCCGUGCCGACCUCCAAGUCGCUGCUGGCUGAGGAGGCGGCCAAGAACUACACCAGCCCCUCGGGGUACAGCCCACUGUCCAGGCGGCUGGGCACCUGGUCCAGCCUAAAGCCGUCGUCGUGGUCGGCCCAGGAUCUCCGAACGGUCGGCACCGGCGACGACGACGACGACACAUCGACGGUCAAGGAUAAGGAUGAUGAUUUUGCGAGCGUCGGAAGUCCUGAAGAUGAUGGAUCCUUCGCGUCAGCUGUCACAGCGCAGUCGCAGGCGCCACCGGUGCCGCCGCGUGACGUCAGUACGGUCAGCCCCUCCUCACCUGCUGCAGUUACCCGCAAGAAGAUCUCCGUCAGGGAGGUGAAAACUGACUCCUCCAGCAGCAACGGAAUGAGCGCAGAUGUCGCCUUCAUCAUCAAGCUGAAGAACGCCAAGAAGGUGACGGACGACGAUGACGAUCUCAGCACGAUGGCGCCUUCGGAGUCUUCGGUCUGGACCGACGCGACGGGUGGCACGGACACCACUGAUACCACCCUGGUGGAUGAGAAAAACCAGCAGCUCGAGAAAACCGUCACAUCCCUUCAGAAAGAGGUGGACAAAUUAAAAAAGAAGGUGGAUCGCCUCAAUAAGGAAAAGAAGGACUUGAUGGAGAAGCAGGCAACAGCCGCGAAGAAGUCAAAGUCGCAGGCAGAAAUGGUUAAACUCCAGCAGAAGGUGCACGAGCUGACAUCGUCAAACGAGGACCUUCUAGAUGAGAAGAAGAGUAUGGAGCUGGAAGUGCAAGAACUGAGUAGGGAGAUUGAGAAACGCCCAGUGUCUGGAGACGUAGACAAAAUCCUGACAGAUCUGCGAAUGCGUUUAUCCAAAGCCGAGAGCUCGGUGGAAGAUCUACAAGAAGAGAAUGAUGACCUUAAAGGACAACUGAGGGACAUGGAAGAGGAAAUGAAUGAAAUUCACGACAACUUUCGGGAGGAUCAAGCAGAUGAAUAUCAUGAUCUCAAGAGAGAGCUGGAGCAGGCAAAUAAGAACUGCCGGAUUAUUCAGUUCAAACUAAGAAAGGCAGAGCGUGUAAACGAUGAAGUGCAGCAGCAAAAGUCGGCUUUAGAGAAUGAGCUCAAGAGCUUGCAGGGUUCUGGUGCAGCUGCUGGUAGCUCACAGUACACGGAAAAAUUAGAGAAUGAACUGAAGCUUGCUAAGGAGGUCUCUAUGAAGUUAGGUGAGGAGGUGGAGAUGCUGCGGAAGAAGAACAACUCUUUAGACGUGAAGGCACCCAUCAAGCGACAGUCAGCUAGCGACGAGAGCAAGCUGCUGCGAGACCUGCAGGACACGCUGGAGCGGGAAGCGGACCUGCGAGAGCAGAUGAAGUUUGCAGAGGAGGAGGCUGCCCAGCUCCGGAAAAAGCUGCUUAGGGCCGAAGAGGAGAACGAGAGCCUCGCCAUUCAGCUCAAGAAGAUGGCUAAAAAGACUCGCCGCCCGGCUGGCCAGGACAGCUCGGCAGUGUCCGCCGACAGGGAUGAAGGCAUCUCGGAGGACAUUGAGGAGCUGUCACCCCAGGAGCUGAAAAUACAGCUGGAGCUGAACGAGCGGGAGACAAGCACUCUACGAAGAAAGGUCGACAACGUGGAGAACGAGAAUGAACGACUCCAGCGACAGAUCAAAGAGCUCCAGGAGAGAACGACUCACGGCAACAAGACGCCGAUUCCUGAGAUCAACAUCAACAAUCCAAACGCCUACUACGAACAAAAAAUAAAUGUGCUGGAGGAGGAGAUGAACGAGCUGCGGAAGAAGCUGAUCGACAGGGAGCGAGAGAACGACUCUCUGAGGACUGAGAUGGAGCUCAAGGGCAAGAAGGGCGGCAAGGUUAUUUUCGCCCGCAGCAGGUCGCUGGACAUGAACGACCCGCAGAGCGUGGACCUGAAGCGUCAGCUGCAACUGGUGGAGCAGGAGGUCCAGAGGCUGCGCGACAGGAACGUUACGCUGGAAUCGGAGAUGACGGAGACGUCCGUGGAGAACCGCCGUCUGAGUGUGCGCCUGGCCAAGAAGCCCCCGCCCAGCGCCCAGGAGCUGGCCUCCAUGGAGCGGGCCGAGGUGGAUGAGCGUCUCGUCAGAGCCGAGCGCCGGCUCGAGGACCGGGACAAAACCAUCGCUGAGCUGCGCCAGGUGAUCAAAGAGCCAUCUGGUGCCGACCAGAGCAGACUCAGCCCCAGUCGGUCGCCACGCGAGGGCCGUAAACUGGAGCGGAAUAGCGAGGUAGACGUGGAUGGACUGAGAAGGGAGAAGGACACACUGCAAAGUGAGAUGAAGAGCAAGGAGCGAGAACUGAGUGUUGCGAAGAGAAAAGUUAGUGAACUUACUAGUGAGCGAGAUAGGCUAAAUGAUACAGUGCGUAAAAUGAAAGACAUUCCUAGCCUGAAGACGAGAAUUCCAAAGAAGGUGACCGACCUGACGCCUAAGAACACGUUGAAGAAGUGGGUUGAAGAGCUGGAAGACGAAAUAGCUGUGUACAAUAUCCAGCAAAAAAACAAUUCCAAAGAAAACAAGUCUGCAAACAGCUCUGCCAAAUCAAAGCAAACGCUGGAGCUGGAGGAGAAAGUCACAGACCUUUCCAAGAAUGUGGAUCUAUUUAAGCAAAAUAUCAGCAAACUUGAAAGGGAGAAGAAGGAUCUUGAGGUAGCGAAGGCUGAGAUAGAAGCAAGCAAAUCAGAAGCGGAAAAGGAAAAACAGAAGGUGGAAAGGGAGAAAGCCAAACUUGAGCGUGAAAACCAGAGGCUGGAAUCUGAUUCAAGUUCGUCCGCAAGGGCAUCGGCAGACCAAACCCGAGCAAUGAAAGACAAAGUAGAAACAAUGUCCAAAGAGUUGCAGGAAGAAAGAUCUCGCCUGAAAGAGCUGAAACAGCAGCUCGAGUUAAAGGAACGUCAACUGCAAAGGGCAAAGAAGGGUGAAGAGGCCAAAGAUAGCACCGAGAAAGAGCUCGCAGAACAAGUUCUGAAGCUGACGGAGACGGAGACCAAGCUUAGAACCAGCGAUUCCAAGCUGAAGAAGUCAGAGAAGCAAGUGAAAGAGCUGCAGGAGAAGGUGGAGCUAGCCAACUCGCAGCUGACUGAGACCCAGGAGAAGUGGCAGCAGCUGGACAGCAGUCAGCGUAGCUUGUCCUCCCACUGGCUGACGGAGCGGGAUCAGCUGAAGGCCGAACUAGACCAGCUGAAGGUCCGCUGUGCCGACCUUGAGAAGACCAACACGGAGAAACAGCGUCGCCUCAAGGAGAUGGAGGAAACCAGGGGGAAAGUAGCCUCCACCGCGGGUGGCGCUUCGAUCGCAAAAAUCGAUGCGCUGCAGAAGGAGAAGACAAAACUGGAGAGGCAGGUCAAGGAAUUCGAAGAAAAAAUCAGCCAGCAUGAGAAGGGCCAGCGGACGGCAGAGGAAAAACUGCAACAGCUGGAGAAAAAGCACAAGGCGGAGAAGGCUGAGUGGGAGAGCUCAAAGGCAUCUGCCCAGGACGCUGGAUCAUCCUCAAAAUCAAGAAUUGAAAAGCUUGAGUCGGAGCUCGCUGAGCAGAUGCAGGAGUAUGAAGACCUCACCAGAAAAUAUGAGCUGUUGGAGGAAGAUUAUGUAGUCAUCAAGGCUCAAAUGGUGAUGGAAAAAGAGCAAAUUGAAGGCGAGUUUACGACCCUGAAGCACGAAUACGACACAGCAGAGCGGGAAUUACGCGCCCUGAGGGACACCUACAACACGAAGCAGGACCAGUGGAUCAAGGACAAGCUGGAUCUGCAGGAAAAGAUGAAGGAGACGGACGAGAAACUGAGCCGGUCUGGAGGCGACGUGUGGAAGCUGGAGAGGGCCCGGCUUCAGGAGCAGAUCGGCGACAAGGAUAACGAAAUCACCAGGCUGAAGAAGGCCGAGCAGUUCUAUAUGGAGGAGAUCAACUCAAUAAAAAAGGAGUCUGACGAAAUGAGGAGGAAGUUAGACGAUUACAACAAGGUCAGCAAGGUGCAGCGAAGCAUGUCCGUGGACAACUCACAUCUGGAGAAGGAGAUUCGGGACCUCAAGACCAGGGUGAUCACCGAGGAGAAGGCCCACCGCCAAGAGCUGAGCCACCUCAAGAUCAAGCACGACUCAGGCCUCUCCAUCAUGAAGGACGAGCUACACAGCCUGAACCAGCAGGUCAGCAAGUACAAGCGUGAGCGCGACACCUACAAGUCGAUGCUGGAGGGAGCGCAGCGCACCAUCGGCGACCUCAAGCGGAAGAGCCGGUCGGCAGACGGAGAUGGGGACGCCGCCGGAGCCGUCGACAUGUUCGAGACGAACCAGCGGGUGCGGGAGCUGACGCUCCAGCUGACCAGCCUGGAGGAUCAACUGUCGGCGGCCCGGCUGGAGGCCAGCAAGUUGCGCACGGAGACCACCACCGAGCGCUCGUGCUGGGAGAUCCGCGUCCACGACCUACAGACCAAGAUAAACGAGUUGGAGGAGGAGAAGAUCAUGUCCUCGGGUCACUCGCGCAUCUCGGGCAUCCGCGCCCGCAUGGAGCUGGCCUGGGGGAAGGAGCGUUCCGAGCACCAGCGACUCAUCCAGGAGACAUCCAAGCUGGCUGAGGAUCUCAAGAACACGCUGCACGAGGUUGAACGGCAAUUAGAAAACGAACGAGCCGAAGCUAAGAGGAAGGUCGAGCAAGUAAAGAGAUCGAUGGAAGACGAAACGUCCGACACAAGAAAGAAGGCCAAGGAGCUGCACGACGACCUGCUGGAGCUGCGUGACGCACACGCCAAGCUGCGCGAACAGAGCCGGCGCGUGAUCCGCGAGAAGGAGCGGGCGGAGCGCGAGCGUGAGGAGCUGCAGCACCGGCUGCAGCUGGCGCAGCGCGCCGAGGCCGACGAGGAGCGCAAGAUCAGCCGGCUGGUGGAGCAGCUUGAAGACCAGCUUGCGGUAGUGAAUAAGACACUAGAGCUGCAGGAGAGGCGGCCGGCGCCCGCCAGCCCGACUGCCCCUGGCGUCUCCAGGUCCUACCAGGUCGGAAAAGUAAAUUCGCUGUCUCCGUCAGCAAUGAAAGGCUCCAAACCAUCAGCAGAAGCGGAAAAGGCGAGGGAGGAGUUCCAGACUGCCGUCAAGCAGAUCACCAGCACGGUGGACGAGCUCCGCCAGUCGCACGCCGCGCUCAUGGAGGAGAAGGAGCGAGGCCGCUCCAAAGGCUUGAGACAGCAGAACUACCGCCGUUCGGCCUCGAUGGGCGAGACGCUGGGCGAGGAGGGCGCCGCCGCCGACAGCAGCCGCCGCGGCGGGCGCGGCGCCUACCCGGCCGCCGCCGCCAGCAUGGUGCUGUCGCCGGCGCGGCGCGGCGGCAGCCUCGGCCGCAAGGCACUCUCGAUGGGACUACGAGGCGACUCGCAGGAUUCCAUAUAUGAACAUGAUGAAGGCUCGCUUGAGUCACUCGAUCCCCUCACCUAUGCGACCAUGCCACGCAAGAAGCUUGAACGGGACGUGAGUGUUGACCGAGUAUCAACUGGCUCAACGCAAAGUGAGAUCAUCUCUGGAGUGAAUCCUGUUAAGAAAAAGAAGGGCUUGAAGUCCCUGCUGAAAGGCCUGGGCAGGUCCAAGAGUAUCGAAGACUCGGAGACUGGGCAUAACAUCGUCGGUGCGGGCGUACAGGUAAUGGCUACGGGUCUGCAAGGAUCAGGCUCGGAUCUCUCUGACAUCAGCGCGAACCUACACGACAAGGAAAAGAAAGGGCUCAAGGAUAAAUUCAGCAAGCUGUUCAAAACCCCACCGCCAUCUAGGUCUCAAAGUAUUGAGCGAGCUGCACGCGACACUAGCGCCGCCCCGCGGGAGGUGCCGACUGCUCCUGCCCGCCGCGCUAAGGCCUCUCCCAGCCCAGAGACGCGGCCGCGUAACCCGCUGAACGUACGGACGGGAGCGGCAGCGGCGCCGACCAUCCAAGCCGGCGAGCAGCCCUUCACCCGCUCACCACUAGGUGUCGCCCAAAGCGUCGCGACGCUGCCCAGGUCGGCGGCGGCCGGCGAGCAGAAGCCACCUAGCGGCGCUGCCGGGCGCGUCGGGGCGCUGGCUGCGUUUAGUCGCGCCCGCGCCAGGUUUGAGUCGUGACCGCCGCCUCCGGUGGAGCCUCCGGGGCGGCGCUGCAUCCUCUGGCUGUUCCCUGCAAGCGGUCAUCAUACAGUGUUCGGCGCCGCGUGACGUGAUCAGAGGGUGUGCUCGCGCCGGCGUGCCUGCGGGUGGCGGACACCCUUCGAGAGACACACACCUCCGCACAUGUUAUACUGAGCAUCUGGCGGUAAAGUAACGCCGGGAUAUUGUUUAACACUUCGUGACCGCACACCACCUCCUUAAGUGUCCCAUUGGAAACGUUCUGACUAGAGGAGCACUCCCGGGGAAAACAUCGCUUCUGUUAUACUGUGAAAUCUCGCGAGAGAUUCCGUGAAGGCGCCAGCAUUGUGUGAUGACACCAUGUCGUUUCAUAUUGAGUCGUUCACCGUGUUGGUUUGUAUUUUGCUUACUGUUUGUGUAGCACACUUCAGACUUGGGUUGCCGUCAUCGUGUGUCUCAGCCGCCGACCGACUUGUUCAGGUGACAAGGUCGGGCAUGAGGCCGCGGCUGGUGUCCUGUUGUCUUCACGGGCACGGCCGGCUCAUCUGAGCAGGGCGCGUGUUUGCCGCUCAGUUCGCCAGGUGGCUCCACCGUCGGCCGGCGCCGCCUGAGCGCGGCCUGACGGGCGAGAUGUUGACCUGCUCACUGGAUUAUCCGCUGUUGUCGUGGUUCGUGGAGUACGCAGUGGCCGAGGCCUGGUGUCAUGAGUGGCAGGAUGGCUAUGUCGGGCCCAGUCUGAGGCCGCCGCUGUCGACCGUGCCCACCCGCGUGUAUGUCCGUUCAUGUUGACACACUGCUGAUGUAUACGAUUGGUGUAAAUACAUGCUGACAUGC